AGAAGACUACGAAAACCAAAACCAAAACCAAAACCAAAACCCAAUUACGGAGUACAUAGUUAUCAUCUAUGUUCAUCUCCUCGUAAUUCGUAAAGCUUACUGCUGGCCAAAAACUUAUGCUAUCCUCGCCGGUGUUCUGCUCUUGGCCGGUACUCAAAAACCCUUGUCGGUGCUCCUCAUCCAUAUUGUAGAAAAUUGGGCUGAUUGAGAUAAAGAAAGAGGUUCGUUUAGUGUCUAGAAGCAAAAGGAGGGUUUUAGCUCUCAGCCCCUGUACAUCUUUCACCGAUCUCUAUCAAGAACUACACCACUCCGCCGCCAGUUCCCGCCGUUUCUCCACCCAAGCCACCACUGUUGCCUCAUAUCUGGAAGUCAACCGCGCGCUUUCUACCAUCCAAGACUCUGAUAUGGAACAAGGAGAGCCUGUUUCUACUCAGAUAGAAGCAGUACAAGCUAAUACCGCACCUAGGAGACCCAGGAUCCUUCUUGCUGCUAGUGGAAGUGUUGCUGCGAUCAAGUUUGGGAACCUCUGUCAUUGCUUUUCUGAAUGGGCUGACGUAAAAGCAGUUGCCACUAAAUCUGCGUUGCAUUUCAUUGACACUCUGACAAUUCCAGAGGAUGUGAUACUGUACACAGAUGAGGAUGAGUGGUCUAGUUGGAGUAAAAUAGGUGACAAUGUCCUUCACAUUGAACUUCGCAGGUGGGCUGACAUUAUGGUUAUUGCUCCUCUUUCAGCAAAUACUCUUGGGAAGAUUGCUGGAGGAUUAUGUGACAAUCUGCUAACAUGUGUUGUACGGGCAUGGGACUACAAUAAGCCUUUAUUUGUUGCUCCAGCAAUGAACACCUUCAUGUGGAACAACCCAUUUACAGAGAAGCAUCUUCUGUCAAUUGAUGAGCUCGGCAUAACUUUGAUUCCUCCUGUUACAAAGAGGUUGGCUUGUGGUGAUUAUGGAAAUGGAGCUAUGGCUGAACCAUCUCUCAUUUAUAAGACCAUACGGCUAUUCUUGGAGUCUCAUCGGCUCUAAAGCUGGUUCGAAUGUGUAGUGUUACUUAGGUAUCGUUUCGUUACCAGGCUAAUGUAAUUUUGUGUGAAGUUUCUGAAUGUUAUAUGCAUGGUUCUAUUGUAUAGUGGUUUAGGUCAGAAAAAGUUUCUCGGUGUCCAUAUAGCACUCUUUAUCGCCGAAAUCAUAACAUUGUGUUCCAGGAUUGUGUGAAUGUUUGUUACCAUGACAAUGUGUGUUUUGAUUAAGCAAGCAUGUGUAGUAGAUCUUUUGUUUGGUUGAUCGAAAGCUGACUUUAUUUGUUGGAGA